CUAGAACGGGCCUUUUCGGGCCUAAAAGCUGCUAGGUUAGCUGGUCCUCGGGGUAUUAUAGUGGCUGAUCCAUAUAGGCAUCCAUUCAUCAGCAGAAGCGGUGUCAGGUACAAGGGCUGGACCAAACCGUGCCGGCACGAGUCGCUGCUCUGGUCGACAUGACAUCGCUGGCGGGUCUACAAGGAACCUCCAAAUGGCUCAAGGUGCCAUCCCAGCCGGGUCCGAAAAAACAACUGUCCAGCCGUGGUCAAAAAUAGGGCGAGAGACCAAAAAAACUUCAUGUGACCGUACAGCCCCGAGCGUAACAUUAGCGGUAUCCAUGUCCAAUUGCGACGCGCCCAGUCGCGACGAUCCCGGCGCCACGAUCACAAUGGCGCGCUGAUCGACAGUCAGGCCUCGCAGAAGCGUGGAGCUACGGCAUGCAGCUGGCGAUGUAGUCCAACCUACCCCUGCGCCCGUAGCUUCGGCGGUGACUCGGGUGUGUAUAAGAUGCACAAGAUCCCUCCCUGGGUGCAACAUCAUGGAGGCCUGGCUCCCCACCUCACAGUCACCGCGCCGGAUCCUGUCUCACGCUCGACCUUCGUCGGCAUCGCAACGGCUUCAAGGAGCGGACCAUCGCCCACUUUUACCAUGCCGUUAUCACACAUGUUGUUCAACCUCUUCUCGGUGGCCCUGCUGGGCGGCGUCUCGCUGCCCGGCGCCCACGCGGCAGGCUCCAUCCCCAGCCGCCGCAUCACCGAGUACCAGCUCCCCGUGGCGACCGAGACGCACGAGUUCGCCCGUGUGCCCGGCACCGACCUCCUCGUGCUGUCGCAAAUGUCAAACAGCCACCUCGUCAAGAUCCAGCUGGACCCCAAGACGGAGCAGCCGCUCGACCUCCGCUCGUUCCCCAUGGGCAAGGACGACAAGUCGGGCCUGCACGGCAUGUGGCCGUCGGAGAAGCGGCCGGGCCUGGUCUGGAUGUCGCUGCAGUGGGAGAACAAGCUGCUGCUCGUCGACGCCGGCCGCAAGAGCCUGGAGGAGAAGCCGACUGUGGUCACGACCAUCGACAUACCCCAGCCAGGCAACGGCCCGCACUGCGUCUUUGAGAUCAAGGGCCGCGUCUGGGCCGGGCUCAAGGUGGCGUCCAAGCAGGACGGCGGCUACUACGUCUUCUCGUCCGAUUUGGACGGCGGCAACCCCAAGCUGUACCCGUCGCUCAACAGCCCCGUCUUCAUCAAGGAGGACCCGUCCACGGGCCUCAUCUACGUCACCCAGGACGCCGCGUCCUCCAUCAUGCGCAUCAACGUCACGAGCGGCGAGACGGCGCAGCUGCCCAUCCCGCCCGCCGUCGGCAACAACCCCGUCGGCAUGACCACCAUCGAGUCCGGCCCCCUGCGCGGCGUCUGGUUCAGCCUGGCCGGCAACGCGACCGGCGGCACCGCCACCUUUGGCCGCGUCGUGUCCGAGACGGGCGCGCUGCAGUUCUUCAGCCUCAAGAAGCCCGCCGAGAUCGGCCGCAAGGCCGGCCUGCUGCACGUCGCCGACGCUACGACCAAGGAGGCCGGGCCGGGCCUGUGGCUGCUGUCCACGUCGCUGCUGAGCAACAGCUCGGGCGACGCCCUGAUCCGCGUGGCGCUCGACGACGCGGUCUCGGCCAUCAAGGGCGAGGAGUACAACGCGCUGCCGACGCAGAACGCGAUGUCGCACCGCAUCGUCGUGCUGAACUCGACCGUGCUGGUGUCGGAGCUCCACACCUUUACGCUCGCCCAGCUCUCGUACGAGAACACAGUCGCGGGGAAGUGGCUGCCGGACCGGGGCACUGCGAGUAGCAGCUCCUACGGCAAGCCAGGGAAAAGGCAGGCAUCUGGGAAAUGGAGGGACCUGUGAAAUAAUUUAGUGUGUUGUUACCUAAGUUUGAUGUCUCAAUACGAAACCGUUUAUAAGGA